CGUGGGGAGAUUUCUACAGCUCUGUGUGUGUGUUUGUGUGUGUGGAGGAUUCCGAACGGGCAUGGAGAGCUGGAGCUGUCCUUUGGUCUCUCGUUCAUGUGGCAUCUCUGGUCGAGUGCCAUGCAUUUUUGAGUUAUGGUGCCUCGAUUCAGCUUUCGGGUUGCGCUCUGGGGUGAUUUCCACUGUGUUCGGGGAACAUUUGAAGGGAUCGUCGAAGAGUAGUUUCGGAUGUGGAGACUCGGAGAAAGCCCCUGAAUGUUAAUGCGAGGUCGGUUUGCGUAGAUGUCUUUCUACCUUCUGCCACAGAUGCAAGAGAAAUUUGCGCUCCUCGAGGCUCGUGGCAGGUUCAUCGGCAUUGUGACAACCACUUUCACAGGAGCAAGGCGUUAGAAGCAUGGCUCAGGCUCAAUUUCAAGUUCCUCAAGUCUCUGAAGGAGGGGCUCCGCCGAAUCCACACUUUCAAGCAGCAAAUUACGGCAAUCCAAUAACUGCCCUCUUUUGUGUGAUUUUCAAAGGUUCAGCGAUUGCGUUUUACAUUUUCUGCGGAUGGAUAACGAGCAGUUUCAUAAUCCACUUUGUUGUUGUAACAAUACUCAUGGCUCUCGACUUUUGGACGGUGAAAAACGUAAGUGGAAGGAUUCUGGUGGGCCUGAGAUGGUGGAACGAGAUAGAUGAACAAGGGAUCAGUAUAUGGCGUUUCGAAUCGCUCGAUCAACAGAGUAUGUCACGGAUAAAUCAGAACGAUUCAUGGCUAUUUUGGACGAGUUUGUACGUCACGCCCGCUAUCUGGACAGUGUUUGGAAUCGUCUCACUUUUGAAGUUCAGUUUUGAUUACCUCCUGCUGGUCUGCAUCUCGCUGACUUUGUGCUCGGCCAACAUUAUCGGAUUCACGAAGUGCCGAAAAGAUGCCAAAAAGCAGGUAGAGAACUUUGCCCGGCAUGCUGUGGCAGAAGGAAUGCGGGAAGCGAUGACAGGAGGGUUAGCAAAAGGCCUUCAGAAAACCUUAGGACUCUAAAUGCAAACAGCGAGCGCCGAUUAAAAAAACGCGGUCACAGAAAGCCUCUACAAUUUCCCCGUAUACUGUUCUUGUGAUUCAGAGAGAACCGCCCGUGUGACGCUGAGACCAAUGGAGCAGCACAGGAGUCAGUGAGACCUCUUGACAGUCCUUCUGUGGUAUCACUUACGGAUGAAACUCCACGGUUCUCUACUGUAUCUGUUCAGGACACAUUCCGUCAAUUAAGUCAGGCACAUUCCUGCCUUAAUUGCUUGCUAGGCAACUGCAAGACGAGGUCCUCAACUUGUCGUUGUGUUCAUGUUAAUAGUUUGACGACCCUCGUGACUUCGAAACUACCCAAUUCCCUGAAUAAAAUACAUCUGGAAUAGAUUAUGAACGAGUCAAUAAAACUCAUGACAAACUAAACGAUCUCGGACACUUACAUACACAAUCAAGACGUGAGAAAAUUCAAGUUUUUUUUUUUAGAGCCCACCGAUUGUAAGGCUUCUGCUCAACAUUUACAACUGGCUGGUCUGGAAGGACACUAGCACUUGGUAUCGACCUCGGAUUGGGAGGGGUCGCAAAUACAGGAGCACUUGAGACCAACCCUGGAGUAACCGGAGCUGACUCAUCAUCCCAGGUUGAUGGACCACCUGUUCCUAUUUCAAUAUUGGGUUGAAGCCGUGACAAUAGGUCAUCUAUUUUCUUCGGUUUGUUCAAGAAAUGACGUCCUUUGGUUGUAUCAACCACAGAAACAACACCAGAAUCCUCUUUUUUCUU